AUCAGCUGUUAGUGUUUUUUUUUGUACGAUAGUUUGUAAACAAUAAGGCGUAUUAUAAUUAAAAAUUAUAAAUAAUUUGGAAAUGUCUUCGCAUUUGCAGAGCAGCAGGGUGGACUUGUCCCUGAUACAAACUACCGCAAGGAAUAAUUUAAUUGAACUGCUGGAAAAAUGCCGCGGAACGAAGGCGAUUGUGUGGGACAACUCUUUGGCUGGUCCUGUCGGUCUUGUGGCCGAAUAUAUAAUGUUACGAGAACAUAUGGUAAAGAAAAUGUACCCUUUAAGGCCCAUACCAUUGCCCGACACUGAUGUCGACCAUGUCAUAUUCAUUUCGAGACCUAAAUUGCAUUUAAUGGAGUACAUCGCGAAAAAUGUAAAAGAUGAUGCUAAGAGUAAAUACAGUUCCAAGAAGCAGUACCAUCUAUUUUUUGUACCAAAAAAAAGUCUACUGUGCGAAGAGACUUUAAAACGUCAGGGGGUGUACGGAAAUAUGAUUUUUAUAGAGGAGUUCAAUUGCCAACUGUUCCCCUUCGAUGCCGAUGUCAUUUCAAUGGAAAUUUCUGAAGUUUUUAGGGAAUGUACCAUAGAAAAUGAUCCUAGUUAUAUCUAUCAAACUGCACAGGCGAUUAUUUUUUUACAAAAGUUAUAUGGGCCAAUACCAAGGGUUUGGGGAAAAGGAGUGAUAGCAAAACAAGUAUGGGACUUAGUGGCGAGACUACAAAAGGAAAAAGCUACUUACGAAGAAUCCACCACUCAGUCAUCUUGCAUAGACCAAAUCCUCUUAAUAGACCGAUCAGUGGACCUAAUUACACCAAUGGCCACUCAACUAACAUACGAAGGUUUAAUUGAUGAAAUUUUCGGGAUAAACAAUGCCACAGCCAGUUUCCCCAUAGAUAACUUCUUAAGUAGCGAGGAACGAUCUACGGAGUCCCUUAACGAGGAUAAAAAGCAAAUUAUACUAAAUUCGGCUGAUAAACUAUUCUCAGACAUAAGGGACAAAAGUUUCAAUGCGGUCCCUAUUUAUUUAGCAAAACAGGCUAAAAGUAUCACGGCCCAAACCGAAAACACCCAAGGAAAAACCGUGCAGGAAAUGAAACUUUUCGUGCAUAGACUCCCGAUGAUUUUAGCGAAAAAGAAGCAAAUCGCGCAGCACACUUCUAUAGCGGAGUGUAUUAAGGAGCAUACUGAUCAGUACGACUUUUCAGACACUUUAAAGGCCGAACAGGAGUUUUUGAGUUGUUACGAAGUGGAUAAACCGAGUCCUUAUAUUGAAGAACUAUUAGCGCAAGGCAAACCGAUGAUUCAGGUUUUAAGGCUGAUUUGCUUGCAGUGUCUAUGCUCCUCUGGGCUCAAGCCUAAAGUUCUGGAAGGGUAUAAAAGGGAGUUAGUGCAGGUUUAUGGCCUAAAAGCGCUGCUAGCCAUAACCAAGUUGGAAAAAGUGGGUUUACUAAAGUUACAAUCCGGUACCAGACAAUACACUGUUCUAAGGAAGACGUUAAAAUUAGUGCUGGAGGACAGUUCUGAGAUAAAUCCCACCGAUAUUUGUUAUGUACAUAGCAUUUAUGCCCCCUUAAGUGUCAGACUGGCCGAACAAGUAACGAAAAACGGUGGAAGGAAGCAGUUACAUGACGUAUUGGGUCUUUUACCUGGCCCCACUUUAGACGAAUCUCCCGUUAUUGGCCCGAACGUGAUACAAAACUAUGACGGACCAAAGGUCGUGCUAGUCUUCUUUAUAGGAGGCUGCACAUUCGCCGAGAUAUCCGCCCUGCGAUUUCUAUCGAAAAAGGAGGAUUCCAAUGUGGAAUUCGUGAUUGCCACCACUAAACUGAUAAACGGAAACACAUUUUUAAAAUCGAUCAUAGAAUUUAAUUGAACGCGCCUUUUUUUUCUAGCUUGAAUUGUAUGUAUAGUUAAGAAACCAAAGCUUUAUUUAUUUAAAAA